ACUUUAAUAGAUCAGAUUCCCACGUCUGCCAUGAGAUACUCCACCCUUUGGCGCUCGGUGGGCGCCAUGAGCUGCGGAUCCCUGGUCACCUACUUAGCCAUUCGGCUGUUCGAUGGCCUGGAACCGUCCAUGUUAUCAGGUGGAGCACAAGGCGGUAAGGGGCGGGCGAUAGAACCUUUGGCCAGUGGCGCCUGGCGGCACCAUUGGGACUUGGAUAAGCCACAGCUGCAAAAGGUGGCAAAUGGCGAGGAGUCCUCCGCACUGCGACACAUUAUCCUGGUGCGACAUGGCGAGUACACGAGGACCCCGAACGGCAGCCACCUCACGGAACUCGGUCGUCGGCAGGCGGAGCGGACGGGGCAAAGGUUGCGCGAAAUGGGCUUGUCCUGGGACCACGUGGUGGCCUCCACAAUGCCGCGUGCCGAGGAGACGGCCAUGAUCAUCGUGAAGCAGCUGAACCUCGAUCCCCUGAAGAUGAAGCGUUGUACUUUGCUGCCGGAGGGCACUCCGUAUCCAGGAGAUCCCCCCUCCAAGAGGAGUGCCCGCAGCCUGGAUCUGGCCUAUCAGAGGGAUGGCCCGCGGAUCGAGGCCGCCUUCAGGCGCUACUUUUUCAGGGCCAGUCCGGAGCAGGAGCACGACUCGUACCUGCUCAUCGUGGGCCACUCGAAUGUGAUCCGUUACCUGAUCCUGCGGGCCCUGCAGCUUCCUCCGGCCGCCUGGACGCGCCUCAACCUGAACCACGGCUCCAUCACCUGGCUGACUGUGUGGCCGUCGGGCUAUGUGACCUUGCGCUGCUUGGGGGACUCCGGCUUCAUGCCGGUGACCGAGAUCACCCACCGAAGGCCGUCGCCGGCGAAAUCCGGCAAUAACUAGCUUAUGAUUAAAGCCAAACUCCGGGAUGCGUCUUGG